UUCUCAAUUACUGAUUUGGAAGAGACGGGUAGGAUGGGCCGUGCUCAGCAUUUAACUUCAUGCUGGGCCCGUGUCACAGCACCAGCGUUAGCCUGGGCAGCCCAUAUUACUGCGCUUGACCGGUUCAAGUUUUUGGCGCCAGUGCGGAUCCCUUUCUCUGCUGCCCUGCAAUUGGCGCCCGCUCCCCUCCACGCUGACACACACACGUCGCCGCCCAAUGCCAACCUUCCACAUGGAGGCGCAUGGCACCAAACCAUCUUACUACCAGGUCAACCAGCAUCUCCACAGGCCACAGCAUACGCCGCCGCAUAAACAUCUCCGCCGGCCGCGCGGCGCUCGCACGCCAACUGCCAACGCCACCAUAAGUACCUUCUUCACACCGGUUAGGCCCCUUCACCCGCUCCAAGCCGCAUCCUUCCAUCCAUCCAUCCUUCCCAGCACGCAGCCAGCUGAUCGAGCUCAUCGAUCCCUCCCCCUCCUCCUCCUCCUCCUCUGUUAAACAGCGUUGCACCGAGAGAGACAGAUACCAGAGGCGUCCAUGGGCUCCGGGACGAGCUCCUGCUGCGGCGGCGCCGAGAAGGUGGGGCACGGGUGCGUGAGCGCGUCAUCGGGCGCCGCGGCGGGGACGGGCAGCGGCGGCGGCAGCACGUGGAGGAUCUACAGCUACAAGGAGCUCCACGCCGCCACGGGCGGCUUCAGCGAGGAGAACAAGCUCGGCGAGGGCGGCUUCGGCAGCGUCUACUGGGGCAAGACCCCCGACGGCGUCCAGAUCGCCGUCAAGCGCCUCAAGCCCAACAACAACAACUCCAAGGCCGAGAUGGAGUUCGCCGUCGAGGUCGAGGUGCUCGCCCGCGUCCGCCACCGCAACCUGCUGGGGCUCCGCGGGUACUGCGCCGGCGCCGCCGCCGACCAGCGCAUGAUCGUGUAUGAUUACAUGCCCAACCUCAGCCUCCUGUCCCACCUCCACGGCCAGUUCGCCUCCGACGCCACCCUCGACUGGCGCCGCCGUGUGGGUGUGGCCGUUGGUGCCGCCGAGGCGCUUGUGCACCUCCACCACGAGGCUUCUCCCAGCAUCAUCCACCGGGACAUCAAGGCCAGCAACGUGCUGCUUGACUCCGACUUCGCGCCGCUCGUCGCUGAUUUUGGGUUCGCCAAGCUCGUCCCCGACGGCGUCUCGCACAUGACCACCAGGGUCAAGGGCACCCUCGGCUACCUCGCGCCGGAGUACGCCAUGUGGGGCAAGGUCUCCGGGGCGUGCGACGUGUACAGCUUCGGCAUCCUUCUCGUCGAACUGGUGUCGGGCAGGAAGCCUAUCGAGAGGCUGCCGUCGGGUGCCAAGCGCACCAUCACCGAGUGGGCGGAGCCCCUCAUCGCGCGCGGCCGGCUCGGGGACCUCGUGGACCCGCGCCUCCGUGGCGUCUACGACGCGGCGGAGCUGGCGCGCAUGCUCGAGGCCGCCGCGCUCUGCGUGCAGGGGGAGCCCGAGCGGCGUCCGGACAUGCGCGCCGUCGUGCGGAUCCUGCGCGGCGCGACUGCCGCUCCUGACGGCGCGGCCGCGGCGGCCUCCAAGGGGGGCAACGACGCCCAGGUCCGGCCUGCGGUGAGGAUGGAGAGCGUCAAGUACGCAGACCACCUUAUGGAGACGGAGAACAGCGUGUACUCCGGCGACGGGGACGAGGACGAGGAAGACGACGAGAAGGAGGCCGCCGACUACAGCAGCGACGAGGUGGAGGAGUACUCGCUGAUGGACGACCAGAGCAGCAUGAACUUCGGCGUGUUCGGCGCCAUGCCGGUGGUGCCGGUGCAGACCAUGCACGACCCCUACGUCAGGAGGUUUGGAGGAAAUGGCGUCAAGAUAUGAUAAUGUGCUAUUCUAUUGUGUGACAAUGCCGGCUAUGUUAUAUUAAUUUCGUUGAUGUAAACCUGUGCUUAAUUAGUUGGGAUCAAGCUGGUGAUUAAAUUUAUUGUAAUUUAUGGGACUUGGAAGUAAGUUCUUGUUUUCAUUAAACACAAAAUAUUAAGUUCUUGUA